GGAUUGACGUGGUCACUUACGGGAUGGCCGCCAAGAUCUACCCGGAGAACCUGGACGCUAAGGUGGUCAAGACAUGGCAGGAUGGGGAACAGACAUGGGUGGCCUGGACCUUAAAGCACACUAUGUACCUGACCAAGGACUCCCUUUUGAAGCUGUAUAACCACACCAUGGAGCUCAGGAUCUGGGACACCAAGGACAAACUUGGCAUGAGAGCCAGAUAUGACAGACCAAAGGCUUUCAAGCUUCCCACUGCCAAACCAGGCACCAGUCCAGAUGAUAUUGGAGGGGUGAAGCAACUGGUGAUGAAGCAGUCCAACAACUACCUGAAACUUCAGCCCAAGAAGCUGUACUUAGACCGUCCCUUGCCUUCCCAACCUGAGCUCAGGGCAGAGUGGAGAGAGAGCAGACUCAUGAAGAUGGAGAAAGAGAAAAACAGGAAGAACAAAGCUGCCAGAGACAGGGAGCAAGGGAAAGACCAGCAGCAGCCAGUGCAGGCUACAGGAAAAGUUGAACUGUCAGUGACUAGGGCUGCAUCUCCUGCUAACACCAAUACCAGUGCAGUCACACCUAGUGUGCCUGUCCCCCAGCAGGGGGCAGCACCCACAACACAAGCCGGGACACCUGGGACACCUUACACACUGGUGUCUGUGAAGAAUGAGGAAACAAAGGAAGAUGAAAACCAGGAAAUGAGGUCAUACAGCCGACUGGGCAGGCUGGCUGGAGUGGACUCUCCCUCAGCUGCUAAAGAGCUGAAGAAACAGAGCCCAAAGAAACCCAGGGGCAGGGUGUCCAAGAGUGGACAUGCAGGGGAGAAGGAAGAGCCCAAGGGCCAGACCAGAAUGUCCCGGAGCCAGAGCUUACCUCCUCCAGACAUGAAGAAAGACAGAGCUGCGUCUUCGUCGUUGUCGCCAUCAGGGCGCCGUGAGGGACCGUCCUCAGCACAGUCCUCACACAAGACCCAGGGCAAGUCUGUGGCUGGCAGUGAUAAUGGCACUGCUGCACCUAAGAGCCCAGCUACUGUUGCCACGACAGCCAUCUCUAAGGACUCUAAGGAGGGAGAAGCUCCCAAACGGAGACGGACUAAGAAAGCCGAGGCAGAGGCUGCAGCAGCUGAGCUGGCACGGAAGUUUGGAAUAUGCUGUGUGCCAGUUAGAAUGGCUAUUCUCUUUGGAGGUAUGAAGAGCCUCACCAACAGAAUAGGGACCCCUGUCCCUGGCGUGGAGGACCUGUUCUUUACUGUGACAGUGGAUGGUCCACUUAUGUCCGAGGAGCAGCACAGGGCACUCAACCCUAUGAUUAUUAAAGUGCAUUCUGCCACCAACAUGCCUGAGACCCCUCUGACUUAUUCACAACUCAAACAAAAAUGUGAUCCAGCCUAUAUCAAGUACCAGUUCUAUAAACAGCCGUGGCACCUGAGUGUUGGGAGGGAGCAGGGAAAGAGCAUCUACUGGGAUGACCUCAAUGUGGUCCUCUUAGGCACAAUUCCCCCCUGUGAACUGAGGGAGCUGCUGAAUGGCCCUCCCCUGGAGAUAGGGGUCCAUGACAGAGACCGUAUCAUUGAGAAAGAGAAGUUGAAAGCUACCUUAUUUGGUGAUGACCUGGAGGAUGAAAAGAUCAACAGUGUUGGAGCAGUCUCAGGCAGGAGAACUCUGUUCAACCCCCUGAAAGGCCGCCCCAAGCCCUGGGACCCGUACGCCGUGGGAAAGUUCGACCUGUCAGAACUCCUCCUGGGGGAGAGGGUGAUGAAUCUCAAGGUGCCCCUACACAACUGUCCCCCACCUGACCUCCUGGGUAUGAAGAACACAGAGGAAGGGAAGGUGUUUGGUGUGGAGGGGGCUGUGGAUGGACCAGUGGACACUCCUCUCCCUGUGGGCCAUUAUCUCCAGUCUCACGCCAUGUUGAAGGUGCGCUUUGAGCUGGCCUACCCACUGGUGACUCCAUCUGAGCUGGCAGCCAAGGGGGAGCUGGAGACAGCAUUUGAAUGUCCAUUUGGCAGAAUUGUGUUCAUAUUUGACUACAAAAAUGUCCAGUUUCUACGGAAGCUUCAGACGCUGGUCACUGACAUCAACGCCAGGGCUCUGGAACUUGACACCAUGCCACAACAUGUCAUUGACGCUGCCCUGUCAACAUACAAGUUGUCAUUGGGUCAGCAGAGGAGUCGCCACCUGGAUAUAGUGACUGGUUUCCAGCUGAUGGACGGUGUGUUCCACUUGUUUGUGCUGGAGGGUCUCAAGGAUGGGGCCAUACAACAGCUGUGGGAGGCCCUGCCUAAACCUGAGAAUGCAGAAAUUGAAGUGCUCUUUAACUCUGACCUGGCUUUUAAAGAGAGGCUGUACGGGCCACUGGAUGUGGAUUUGUGCCGCGUAAAACUGCACGAGCCUCUGUCCGUAAUCAUGCAGCAGCCAUUGCUGUAUGUGCGUGAUAUGGUGCCUAAACCCUGCUUUGAAGCCCUGGUAAAGUUAGAUGAGCUGACAAGGAUGAAGAUGUUAAGAACAGCUGUUCGUAAUGACCUCUUCCCCAAUGCUGAAAUGAUCGUGUCCAUGAGCAGAGAGUUUGGAGUCCCUCUUACAGCAGACGACCUUGCAGAUCUUGGUGAAGAGACUCAAGACAAGGUGGCAGAGGAUCACCAUGACAUGGCCAAUGACCAUGAAGCAGCUGACCAGCCCAAGUCUCGGUCAAGAUACUGGCCGCCCCUGGACAACUACAACAUGACCUAUAUGGAGGUGGUGGAGGAGAGAAACAUGCUGGGAAGCCAUCAUGAUUACGUCAGAGAAAAUAUUAUCUCCACCAGACAGACCAGUGAGAGAAAUCGCAGUCUAAGGACACGUUCCAAGCCCCCCACAGUACGUGCCAAUGUGCAGGUUGCUCACAACUACAGUACACAGUCACUGAACUCCACAGAACUGGCCAAAGAGAAGUUACGCCAAGAGCUGUCCAAGAGUGCAGACCACCGUUUCACCUACUGCCAGGACUAUAACCACUCUAUGACAGUGGUCCCAGUCAGUGUGGAGGCAGUGAAGAGACAGGAGACAGUGGAUUCCAAGGCAGCCUGGAGGACUGCACGUGGCUUCACAUUCCCAGGGGUGAACAACCUGCGCAUGUGUAACCAGCACCCCAAGAAGCCAGAUGUGGCUAGAGUGGAUGAGUUGACAGAGCCAUGGCGAGAGAAUACCAUGCAUACAAAUGUGCUAGAUCCUACACUGGACAGGGACACUUACCCAUGGCACAAACGUAGGGAAGAUCUCGAUAUUUGGCGUAAACCUUUGCCUCACUUUGGACACAUAUUCCCAGUGACCAUUCACCAAGCUGGCGACAAACUGCACGAAGAGCAACGAGAAGCAGCGAAAAUUGACCAAGAAAAAUGGCGGUCAAGAAUAGUCAUCGAUGACCCCAGAUUUUACCUACAUCGCUGCAAUACCGUCACAGAGCAGAAAGACGCUGGCCCAAAAUCAAAUAAUCAAAUAGCAAAACUGCAAGGCCUGCUGAAAGAUGAACCUAAAAAGUUCAGUCUGAGGAAAGACCCCAUGAGACUCCAUGAUGUACCCCCUCUAAAUGUGGUUCUCAAUCCCAGCGUGGACACUGCCAAGAGGGAAGCUGGCCUUCCCAUAGUUCCUGCUGUGGAUGGGGAGUUUGAGGAGAGGGUGAACGGGUUUAUGCCUGGGCCAUAUGAGGAGCACAGCUGGCUGCUGGAGAGAAAUAAGAUACCCGUCAGAGACUAUGAGCACCAUAAAUUUAACUUAAGGAAAGGGGGUGACUUUAAUGUUUACCACAAGGAAAAGAGUGCCCUGUCAAAACGAAAGCUUGUCCCAUUAACAGAAAAAGAAAAAGACAAUAACUUGUUCCAAAGCUUAGAUGAGCGUCUCUUGCUUCAACAGCAGACGAUGUUCAGCGACUCAGGAGAUAUGGGCUUGGCUCCCAGCUACAGGUCGUACCCCCUCAGGGUUGAGGUACAGGAACCAACAGACCUCACAGAAAAGAUGGAAAAACUAAACUCUACUCUUACACAAAAGACAGAUGACUCUAAAGUGGCUCUUGAGGCAACAUAGCACACAGUUGCUACAUGUAUAAAACAGAACUAAAUUUUCACAUUUCAAAAGGAAACAGCCCGUCAACAUCUAGAAAGAAAAAAAGAUCAGGAUUCUGUGUUCUCAUUUUAAGGAGUUUUUGCACUUUAUGACAAGGGAUUUAUUUUUCCUUGUUUACAUGAAAGAUAUUAACGAAAAAAGACGUACAUACAUGUGAUAUCAAUUAGAUCACACCACCUUGUCUUGUUGUGAAAUUCCCAAGCAGUUUGAUGUAAAAUAUCCGAGGAAAUUAUUAUAAUUUUCAAUAUCAGAGACGUUUUAGACAAAUAAGUCAUGUUGCCACAAGAUAUGUACAGACAUGUGAUAUUGCUCAGUAACAAAUAGGAAGAAUGCCAUUUAGCAUGUGCUAGUUUUCUUUCAAAACUGUCCACAUUAUUUUGACUGUUGGGUGAUAAAGUUUCGUAACAUGCCUGAGCAGAUCUGCUGGUCAUGAACUGUCAGUUUGUGCUGUAACUUUUAUGCUUUAUUUAUUACAUGCUCAAAAUUGUAAUUGGAGGUUCGUAGGGUCAAUGUUUUUGUUUAUAUACUACAUGCAUUUGAUAGGUCUGAGGACUGUCAACACAAAAUAUACCAUAGAAGGUCAGAACUUCAUUAAAUUGCCCCAAACAAAACCAAUUUAUUUGAACUGAGAUUCAAGACUGUGUUCUCACAUGCAGUUUUUUGUUUGUAUUAUUUUUGCAUCCAGAUGAACUUAUUCUGCAUUCUGCAGUUUUUUUGUGUUUAUGCAAUGUUAAAGCAGAAUUUCCGUAUUUCUGUCACAUCUGUUGAAGAGCAGUUGACAGUAGUCCAUCCAUCCAAAGUUGUUUUUUUUUUUUAAUUUGUUUAAGUAGACAUGUAUUACUCCAUCUAAUCUUUGAUCUCCUAUUUCACUACAUUUAUAACCAUAAUUUAGUAGCCUGUGAUGAUUUCAGCCAAAAUGUACCAUAGCAUUCAGCAAAAUCCAUACUUCCAUUAACAGUGUCAGUUUUAUUUUCAUAACCAUGUGAUAUCAUGUGCCUUGAUUGAAUUUGUGUUCUUUCAAUUUUUGCUGCUGUGAGAAAUUACUGCAUAAUAAUAUGUUCAUCCUUUAUAUUAAUUAAAAGAAUUAAUUUUAUUAUAAUUGUGAUAGUAUGCUGAUUAAUAAUAAUGAUAUGAUUUGUUCUGAUUAUUAUAUUUUUGGUGACAGGAUUAUAUUCUGGUGAUAACAGUGAUAAUUUUAAAUUUUGUAGACAUCUGUUGAUGCCGUCCAACUCAUAAUGCCAAAUA